AUGAGCAAUCAGGAAGUGAUUUUUUCCUCCGUGAGAGUUCUUCAGUCUCCUUCAGAGUCACAAAAUAGAUCAAGGCCUGGUAGUACUCAAAGACCAGGCAAAAGUGAUGACAAAGAGUUUUCAGUGCCCUGGCAUCUCACUGUAGUGAUUCUUGGGAUCCUCUGUUUACUUCUUUUCGUGAUAAUCAGAGUGUUGGAGACAAAGAUAUGGGUAUUUGGGUUUACUUGUUUCAAACAUAGGAUUAAGACCACGGAAGCCAUGUUUACAGUAGUAGAGCCCUAUGUUUCCAAAACUCAAUGGCUGUUCUUGCAUUCCUACUGCUCCCAGAAGAUAAAUGAUAAAGAUGAACAGGCCUUCCUUCAACCCCAGACUUAUGGAAAUAGCUACUGGAUUGGAUUAUCAUACAAUGCAGAGGAAAGGAAGUGGAAAUGGAUUGAAGAUGACACAUCUUCUGGAAUUAAUUCUCCAAUAACGACUUUGCCUUAUGGGAAAGAAGAAUGUGCAUUUUUAAGCGCAACAAGAAUAGAAAAUACUUAUUGCUUUAAAACUUAUAAUUGUAUCUGUGAGAAGAGAUUUGAUUGUGUUUCCACUGCCUGCUUCAAGUAGACACAGAAGAAAAGCAGGACUUAUUCCAUUGUGGAAAAAGAGAUGAGUUGGAAGAGGAAGAAAAUGCUCUUUUGGGCUCUGAUAUAAGAGAUCAGAUGCUGGCUAUCUUCCUGGGGAAGAGGGGAAGAUUUUGUUUUUGGAAAUCAGUUACCCCUCUCUUUAAUGGCCCUGAGAAAGUGUCUCUUCUUCAUUCCCUGAACUACCCACAGAGCCAAUCAGAGAA